CAAUGCAGGCUGGGGGACAGGCUGUGACUUGGAGCUGACACUGUCCCUUUAAAAUCUGAAUCCUGGACUAAUGAUUUAUCAAACUCUUAUUAUCAAGAAAAUGUCAAACGAAGGGCACCUUCCUCUGCACUGACGCAAACUCUCUCUGCUCCAGCUUCAUAUAGAAGGUUCUGUGCUGUAACAGUCUGCUCCAGUCUAUAGCCAGUGAGUGGACCCUCCACAGGCACCCAGGACAGAACAGGACUAUGGAUUUGGCGAAUCCAAUGGAUUUAGGGAAGAAGACAGUGAACAGUCCAGAUGGUGCUGCCCCGGGGCCCAUUGGGGCUGCAGGAAUCACGAAGCAAGGUGCUGAUAAUGAUAUCCCUCUACAAGCAUCUUCAAAACUCGCCAAACUGUCCCAAUCUGCUUCCAGUGACUGCAAGGGGUUCCCUUCUGAAGACCCCAAGGUUAGCCCCCUGGAGAGAUCUAAAACUGGGGGGUCCUGCAAGUCUAGCACCCCAAUUCACAGCAACUUUGCCCAGAGGAAAGAUUCUGUAGAGAGUUUUCCCCUGAAGAAUGACUCACUGGCAGAUCGAAAUGGGCAGAGUAAUGCUGUGCAAUGCCGCAUUGUACCCCUCCAGAGUGCAGAAGGGGAGCUUCACCAGAGCUUCAGAAAGACUUCUCUUGAGCAAAAUAAUGCCCAGGGGGGUUGGGUGCCCAUGACACAGAGUACUGUGGUACUAGGCACAGAUGGCAACACCUCUGUUUACCCUGGCAGCCUCGAGGAGGAUGAUGAAGGAGAUGAAAACAAGGCUCGAGGUAACUGGUCAAGUAAACUGGAUUUCAUCCUGUCUAUGGUGGGCUAUGCUGUGGGUCUGGGAAACGUCUGGCGAUUCCCCUACCUGGCCUUUAAAAAUGGCGGAGGUGCAUUUCUGAUCCCAUAUCUGCUGAUGUUAGCCCUGGCUGGGGUUCCCAUUUUCUUACUGGAAGUGUCCCUUGGGCAGUUCGCAAGCCAGGGUCCCAUAUCUGUGUGGAAAGCGAUCCCUGGAUUGCAAGGUUGUGGGAUUGCCAUGCUCAUCAUCUCUGUGCUCAUCGCCAUUUAUUACAAUAUUAUCAUGUGUUACACAAUAUUUUACUUGUUUGCAUCUCUGGUCAGUGUCCUGCCCUGGGCGUCCUGUGAUAAUCCAUGGAACACACCUGACUGUAAAGACAAAAACAGACUGAUGUUGGAUUCCUGCUUUGUUGGGGAACAGCCAAAAAUGCAAAUAAAAAAUAGCAGUUUUUGCAUGGCGGCCUACCCCAACCUCACCAUGGUGAACCUAACAACUUCGGUCAACAAGACAUUUGUCAGUGGAAGUGAAGAAUAUUUCAAGUACAAUAUGCUGAAGAUAUCUGCAGGUAUUGAGUUUCCGGGGCAAAUUCGCUGGCAGUUAGUUCUCUGUCUACUCUUGGCGUGGGCGAUUGUUUAUGCAUCUCUUGCUAAAGGAAUAAAAACCUCAGGAAAAGUUGUAUAUUUUACGGCAACCUUUCCAUAUGUAGUCCUUGUCAUUCUUCUCAUCCGAGGAGUUACCCUGCCGGGGGCUGGAGCUGGGAUGUGGUACUUUAUUACCCCUAACUGGGAGAAGUUAACAGAUGCCAUGGUUUGGAAAGAUGCAGCAACACAGAUUUUCUUCUCUCUUUCGGCGGCUUGGGGAGGUCUCAUUACCUUAUCAUCUUAUAACAAGUUUCACAACAAUCUAUACAGGGAUACGCUGAUUGUCACAUGUACUAACAGUGCCACGAGCAUUUUUGCAGGAUUCGUUAUCUUCUCAGUGAUUGGAUUCAUGGCCAACGAACUAAAGGUUGACAUUGAUAAAGUGGCCGAUCAAGGUCCCGGCAUUGCGUUUGUUGUUUACCCAGAGGCCCUGACACGGCUCCCUCUUUCACCAUUUUGGGCCAUUAUAUUUUUCUUGAUGCUACUAACCCUCGGAUUGGACACAAUGUUUGCUACCAUUGAAACAAUUGUGACAUCUGUAUCGGAUGAGUUUCCAAAAUACCUGCGAACUCACAAGCCACUCUUCACGCUUGUGUGCUGCAUCUCAUUCUUCAUUAUGGGAUUCCCGAUGAUCACACAGGGUGGACUCUAUAUGUUGCAGCUUGUCGACACAUAUGCUGCCUCAUACUCCCUGGUCAUCAUCGCAAUAUUUGAACUGGUUGGAAUUUCAUACGUAUACGGCUUGCAGAGAUUUUGUGAAGACAUUGAAAUGAUGAUCGGAUUUCAGCCAAACCGAUUCUGGAAGAUCUGUUGGGCUUUCGUGACACCAACUAUUCUAACUUUCAUCCUGGGUUUUAGCUUUUAUCAAUGGGAACCGAUGACGUACGGAACGUAUCACUACCCAACCUGGUCCAUGGUUCUGGGAUGGCUGAUGCUGGUGUGUUCAGUUAUUUGGAUCCCCAUUAUGUUCGUGAUAAAAAUGUUUUUGGCACCUGGCAGCUUUAUUGAGAGACUCAAGCUUGUAUGUACUCCUCAGCCUGACUGGGGUCCAUUCUUGGAAAAGCAUCGUGGAGAACGCUACAAGAACAUGAUGGAUCCACUGGGUACCUCUUCCUUAGGUCUCAAACUUCCACCUAAGGAUUUCGAUUUAGGAACCCAGUGCUAGUAUAUCUGGUGUCUGUACGUGUGAAGUACAGAGGUCAAUCUUCAGUCCGCCUCAUAUACUUUUCUUCUUGUUUCAAACAGUGCCGGUGUGGUCAUAACUACACUCUAAGGUUUCACGUUGCAUGUUCUAGCCAACACCAGACCGGCUGCCACCUUGCGCACUGGCUUCUUUUUGUGCCAUUGCCUCCAUUUUAACGCACAAUUUCUGGCAAAGGAAUAUUUAUUUCCCUUCAUUUUAAGUAUAUUACCCUGGAAGAAUGCAGAGUCUGAUUGCAGAAUAAAAUCACCAGUUUAGGAGCUUUCCAUUGUUAAGAGGGGUUUUUGUUCCUCUUUUGGGUAAGAAUAUAAUAUGCUUUAUAAGGACAGUCUGCACAUUUUUUGUCCUAAAUGUGAUCAGCCUUACAUAGAAGACACAGGCUGGCGACUCAUGCAAAACUCCAGAGAGGAGUAUAGCAAACAUGUGCAAUAGCUAAAGAAUAAACAUUGGCGAGGUGCCUAUAGAUUAUAUUAUAAAUCCGGCUUUGUCUGUAGCCGAUUUAAUGAGAACUCUGCUGGGAUGAGUUUUAAUAAUCCAAAAUAAUAUCUAAAUUCAAUCAUUCAAGAACCAAACUAAGUUCCCCAGGAUGUCUCCUGGACAUACUAUGCAUUGCUUAGACCAUCUUGUUGGGUGGGUUCAUAUUUAUUUUUAUGGAGAACAUACAAUAAUCCUUUGUCUUCCAAUAAACAAAGCAUUUGAUGCAUCUGGAAGCAAUUCCAACAUAGAGCAACGUUUAUCUUUAUUUGCAUUUUGUAAAUUUUUCUCAUUAUCGCCCCUAAAAGCCAUUGUAUAAUUUGUGCCUAAUUUUAUAUUCACACUGUAGUAGUGUGGACCCAAACAAUAGCUCUCGUCCUUUGCUGUGUGUGUUUAGUAACAAAACCCUGUCUCUGUUUAUUGCCUUUCCAUAAUUUCUAAAUGUAUUUAACUACUAGAACCUGACUCUAUAUAUUAUAUAUAUAGUAUAUUAAUGUUUAAAAGGCAUAUUCUCUCCUAUGUCAAGCCAUAUGUGUAUGUAAAUAGUUUCCUUUUAACGGCUGGUUGCCACUGGAAUGUGGUCACUGCAAGUCCAACUAUAGAAUUAGCGGCUUGUGGCACCAAAACUCUUGGAAAAAAACCUCCUAAUAGGAGUUUUCCAAUGAAAUUAACGGGACAGACAGCUUCCAUACAUGUUGUUUGUUAACGUCAAGAGGAUGGGGGUCAAAGUUUUAGAAUUAUUUCUUAUAGGUGUGCGAUCUUUGCAGAUAAAGUAUUCUUCUACAGUUCCACUCUGCUUAUACAACUACAAAAUAUAGCAUUACGUUUCUACUUUCCUUUGAAUACAAGGAGGGAAUAUAGUGGAGCAGAAUGUGGCCCGUGCAAAGUGCACUAAUGAUAUGACUAUAAAGUGUCCCUUUCAUGGGCUAUCCAGCCUGUCUAUGAAUCUGAUCAGCAGAAUCUGGAUGUUAAAUCCAUAAACUGCAUCAGAGACUUUCGGCACCAGUCAACAUUUCCCUGUCUUCAGCUUGUAGCAUGCACACUUGUUCGUGGGUAACACUAUCUUGUGAAGUUUUCCUUGUUCUGUUGUGUUUUGUGUUAGUGUACCUUUGCCAAGCCAGCCAAAAAAAAAAAAAUCACACUUCCUGUCGUGUAGGUGCGGAGAGGAAGUAGGAUGUAAUUGGGGAGAAGUGAGUAGGAUGUAUUUGGGGAAAACUAAGUAUUAUGAAAUAUAGAUCACAUUUGCUGAAAGAGACCAAGUUGAUUCUUUGAAAACCUGGAAUAUUUUACAAGAACUGUUUACUUGCUGAGCACUUGCUAAGUGUUCUAGAAAUGUGUCUUUUAUGUGCAACAUCGUCGAGCAGACAACAAACAUGAGAGCAUUCAUGGAGCCAAGUACUUUGAAGAAAGGAGACCAGCUGGGCAUUGAUGAUAGAACAUCCAGGUUUAAACAAGUGCCAGUUCUGAUUACACAGGCAAUGCAUCAUGGAUAUUUUCUCUGCUUUGCCAGAAAGGCAAAUGUGUUGCAAAAGAAUUCACUCAGAGAGACAAAAGUGUACAUUAACCUCCUGAAUUCCAAAGGAGAAGCACCCUGCUGAAACUCGAUUAGUUAACCCCCGAGUGCUGGGAUUCUCGCAAAAAUCUCCCUAUGCUACUAGUUGUGUCUUUUAUAUUUCUAUUACAGUCUUAUUGUGAAUUUAGAGAGCAUAUACCCAGUCUUGGAAAACCUGUGGACACAGUGACUACAAAACAGUUCUGAUUAGGAAUAUUGAGAUCACCUACCUGGAAGUGAUUGGUUUUGUGUGAGACAACAUUUGUCAAAUGCCCCUAGUGUGGCUGCUGAUAGUUUGACUACAAAAAUUCAGACAUUCCACCUAUUAUCUUUCUUUAAUGUCAUGUCAAAGGGUCUCAGGAAAACCUUUUAGUUAAUUCCACAAACUUCAUACAAUAGUCAAACCUCUAUUCCUGACUACGGACUACUAAAAUUUGGUGUCAGGUGCAUGCAGAACAUUCACGGAUUAACCAAGCUGCUCUUUGGGGUAGAAAUUCUACUGUAUAAUUGCAGUCUCCGGGUGAAGGUUUGCACAAUAUCCGCUAACUGUUCCAUCUCCAUUCAUCAAAAAGGAACACUAAACCAAUCAUGAAAAUAUACAGAUGUGAAAUCUACUAAACUCUUAUGCAAGAAAGGAGUUUGUUUCGAAAAAAUUUAAAUACAUCACCUCUCUCGCUCUCUAACGGCGCCCCAAUGUGUAAUGAAUGUCCCCUUCUGUAUCGUCUAGAUUUUUCUUUAAGUUCAAACCCAGAACACUGCACAUUUCUUCCAAGGUGACAGCAAUAAAGUGACUUUGUGUACUUAUGUAUAAUGAGUGGUAAGUCUUUAGCACUUUCUCUGUCAGUAGGAUUACAUUUGUCAAUAAUUAGUUAUUAGUUUCAUUUUUCUUCCCUGGUGUAUUCCCCCUUCUGCUGCUUUUAUCCCAGGUAACAUUGUGUAUAGUUAUAAUAUAAAUCAUGAAAUGCUGACAAUAUUCAAUUAUUAUUUGCAUGUCUCCCCUCCCCAUAUUCUCUAGAACUAGAGGAACCAUAUUGUGUUGUGAGGUUUUGUGAGAAAGAUUGGGUUAUGGUAUUUCAAAUACAUUUCAAUAUUUCCCGAAAUAGUAAUCAUAUUUCCUGUAGACUGAACUUAAGAAACUCUGUCAGCCAUUAUGUUGCCGAAAUUGCUCCCCCUCUAAAUAUCUGCAUAGCACAACGGAGGAGGAGAUGGACCAUGUCUCCCAGGUCCUGCCUUUUUCGGGGGGAGAUUUAGAAGAUGCAAAUUUUCCAUUGACCACUCAUAUUGUCAAUGACUUUGCCUUCUUAGCACAACUAUCACAUUGUGCUAAACUCACCUCUUCGGAGGCAAGCUGGAACACAGCCAUUUCUCUGUAACCUCUGAGCUGCCAUAUAACAAGACCUGGCCUGUCUAGAACCUGAGUAUUCCAGGAAUAGACCUUCUCUAUGAAGUGGUGGACCUUCAGUUCAACAUGCCACCAUUGAUGGUCAACAGAUGUUUCAACACAGAAUACCAUAACCCCUUGUGUUUUGUGUCUUAGCAGUUGAGGUGCACAUGUUUUUGUAAUUUCACUAAAGCCACCAGAAGCUAUGAAUAAUAUCCACUAAAGAGUCCAUGACAGAUAAUUUAUCUUGUCCUGCCAAAACCGGUAGAGUAAACCUGGAGGUUGCAUGGUAGAGUUGUCUAAUGUUGAAAGGUGUUUAGUUUUAGACUAUUUAGACCUUAAUUAAAUCUCCCUUAAAUGAAUGUUACGCUAAGCAUAGUCCCCUGUCAAGUUUUAGUCUAUGCUUUUUACCUGUAUAUCCCGUAAAACUGCUUGAACCCGACGCAGGCCUCAAAGUGUAAACCAUGACAGCUAACCAUUAAUUUGUUAUCCACACCAUACCAGGCAGAUAUGAUCGAAGAUAGACCAAAUGGAAGAUUUUAGGACAUGUUAACGUUUGUGAGUGUUUGCCUGAUAUUUUGUUUAUAACAUUAAAUUUACCCUAAAAUUUAAAUACAUUGUCAGGUAACCCAUUUGCCUUAUUGAUGUGCUUCACAAUUUUGAAUAUUUUUUUUUGUGUGUCAUAUAAAAUGUUGUGUGUGUGUGUGUGUUUUGUGUCACAUUUUUUGGCACUCUUAUUAUGGACCUAUUACUGAAUAGGCAAAAUCCUAAUUACUUGCAUAAUUUCAAAUUAAGAAACAGAUUUUGAGGGUAUCUGACUGUGAGUAAGUACCCAUUAUUAGGUCUGUAUAUUAUAUAUAUUUUUUUCCGAUAGCUGUACAUGAAGAAUAUAUAGAAUCUUUAGAAAAAAAGAGCAUUCUAAUUAAAGAUGUAGAUAUAUAUACACAUGUAUUCAUAUAUAUCUAUA